AUGGAGUUGGAGCACCCCAACGUGGUGAGGCUGCUGGACGUCUUGUGGAUAUUCGUGACGAGGGCGGCGCGCGUCACGCCGUGGUCUGAGGUGACGCGCCAGCUGCUGUGUGGGCUGCGCUACCUGCACGGCCACGGCCUGGAGCACCGCGAGCUCACGCCACGCAGCGUCCUGGUGACGGCCUCGGGCGCGUCAAGCUCGCCGGCUGGGGGCUCGGACGCUUCCUCUUGGACGGCGCGAGUGUCCCCGUCGUGGUACCGCGCCCCGGAGCUGCUGCUGCGGGUGACCUGCGGCCCCGGCCCGCCGACCUUCUGCUGGGCGUGCCGAGCCUGGAGGAGUGGCUGCUCGGAGCCUCCCUGCCGCACGGCGGACUUUGCCGCGCAAACUCAGCUCGGUGGUCGCCACUCCUACGGUCUCCACGCUGCCCCGCGGGCCCUGGUCGACUCCACGCCGGAGAUGGGGCUGGAGGUCGCGCCGGGCAACGAGAAUGUGGCGAUGGCGCUGCUGCUGGAGCUGCUGACCUUCAGCACCCGCAAGCGCAUCUCUGCGUCUGUCGCCCUCUUCCAUCCGUACUCUCUGAGGCCGCAGGCGUGGCCACGGGCGAGGCCUAAGGAGUAG